AUGGUCCUGAAGCCCACCACCCUUCAGCAUAUCUCUAAUCAGUGUAACCGAGCAGAAAACUUCAGCAGUAAAAAUGUUGGAGACUCCCGCGGUGAAGGGCCUGAUCUGAUAGCCAUGGAAAUUGAGGCAGAUUUAGGCGCUCCGGACAGCGAGUCGGGAGUGUUAAUCAUUGAGGAACAUCAAUAUAAAACCCCCCGCCUCUUCCUCCUCGCUGCUAUAAAGGGCCGACUUCAUUAUUCAGACGCUCCUUUCUUUGCAGUUAAUGAACUCCUAGUCGGGACUCCUCAUGUUGUGGCUGUUUAA